AUGUUCUUCCUCAUGGAUUCAGCGCUCUACCAAAGACCACAUUCCUUCAUCUCCACCAUGAUCUCCAAAGGAUGGUUGCUGCAUAUAGGCCUAGUGAUGCUUUUCUUCUCCAAAAUCUCAUCUCUGAACUGUAACCAGUUUCACAGCUGGCUACAUGAAGCCAACAAGGCCAACUUGGAGCUUCUGAAGAACAAAAUGGGAACAACCAUUCCUAUUCAAUGCAUAGGAGAGGAAAUGGACGUCUCAACGAAUCAGGAAAUCUUCCUGAACAUCGAUAAAGUCCAGGCGGAGAAUGCCAAGGCAGCUAUACAAGAGAUCCUCCAGCAGACUCUGCACGUCUUCACACAAAACCAUACUGAAAUGGGUUGGGAUGGCAAUUCCACUACGGCUUUCCAGACUGAACUGGACCAGCAAAUUAAGAAGCUGGAAACAUGUUGGAGUGCAGAGCUGGAGCAUGGAGUGCAGAGCCCCACAUCUCCAAGAGGUCAGAAAACUCUGCUCACCAGACUGAGAGUGAAAAGAUACUUCCAAAUACUCCACGAUCUCCUGAAAGAUAAAGAGUACAACAUGUGUGCUUGGGUGACUGUCCAGAUCCAGAUCAGGCAAUGUUUUGUGCUGAUGGAUCGACUCAUCAAAAGGAUCUCUAAUGAAGGUACUCUAAGAAAUGUUCAUAAUGAAGCUUAA